UUAUCGUAUAAAUGACAACACACUACAAGCUUAUACAGACAACAACUCCACGUACAAGAAUAAUGAAUAUGGCCUUCUUCAUGAAUAUGCCCGGAGUAGCUGUUCUUCUUCUACUUCUUAUUUUGCCACCACCAUUGUUCAUUGCAGCAGACAACAAAUUGAUUCAAACUUUGUGCCACAACUCUGAGACACCUGAAACUUGUAUGAGGUGUGUGCAAUCUUCUAAAAAGGCUGUGAAUGUUAAUAGUACUGUUGGAGUAGCCAUGAUCGUUAUCAAUUGCAUCAAGGACAAGGCAAAUGCCUUGGCACUCAACAUGACAAAGUUGGCUUCCACAUCAAAUGGACAUCUAAAGUCCAUUUGUAAAAAAUGUGCAAAAGACUAUGGCCACCACAUUGCCAAGAAAGAGUUUUUUUCCUCCAAGCAUGCCUUGCGGAAUCAUAGAUAUGACAAAGCUGAAUCUGCUGUGGCUAGAGCCCUAAGUAUUGAUCUUGCUUGCCACUCAAUUUUGACGAGUCUUCACCAUGAUGAAGUGCCAAGUCAUGUUUUUGAUGGUAUGAAGACAUACGAGGAGCUCUCUGAGGCUGCUUGUAGAAUAAUGGAAAAGAUUUAUGAAUAAGGGGUAAUGCCUAAACAAUAUUUCUUAAAGUUAUGUAUUGCUAGUUGCUCAAUAUCUAUAAUCAAUUAAAAUAAUUAGACGAUCUAUAUCACUUUAAAAAACAGAGGAAUAAGAGCAGAUUUAUUUGACCGCUAA